AUGAGGUCUAUAACUCUCCUCCUCUUCCUCAGUCUGUCCCACUCAGCAGCAGGCAGGGAGACGGCGAAGGUGGAGGACAAUGCCACACAGCUGAGCCUCCAGCCUGAUGUUUGGAGGGAGGUGAGGGAGCUCAGAGACCUGGUGGUGGAGCAGAGAGCAGAGCUGAACGUCCUGAAGAGCAGACUGACGUCCUCAGAGAGCGAGCUGCAGGAGCUGAGGGAGGAGCUGCAGGCAAUCAGGACAAAAACAGAGAGUCCAAAGGUGGCGUUCACUGCUGCUCUGACAGAUUCAGGACUGCUGGGACCCUUCAACACCGACACCACCAUCGUUUACUCCAAAGUCUUCACCAACACUGGCCAGGCCUACAACCCCUUCACAGGUAUCUUCACAGCCCCGGUCAAAGGAGUCUACUACUUCAGAUUCACGGGCAUGGAUCACCGCUCUGCGGUGCACAUGGGCGUGGCUUUGUAUAAGAACGGGCAGAGACUUAUGCUAACCUACGAAAUAAACGUUAAUAAUGGAUAUUUUGAACACAUGUCGAACGGAGCGACUCUGGAGCUAGAGAAAGGCGACACGGUCUAUCUCCGCCUCCCUGCCAACAAAGGACUUUAUGACAACAACGAGAGCCACAACACGUUCAGCGGCUUCCUGCUUUUCACUUUGUAA